ACAUUUCCGCGUUCAAUAACUUUCUAAUUAUAUGUGCAAAAAAUGUUUCUUCUGCAAAUUCUAAUCGGAGACAUCAUUGUCAACCUACUACCUUUUUUUUUCACCAUCGAACAAAAUGGCCAAGUAUUGUUUUAAUGGCAUAUUUACUUGCGAAUGUCCACUGAAUGUCCAAUGCAGUGCGGUUAACAAAGUAAUUGAAUGCAAUAGUCCGAAUGUGCGAAUAUCAAACCAACUUUACCCAAGUCUUUGAGUGCACGUUAGCUAGUUGAUCUGUUUGGCGUGUGCAGGUUACUUGAGCUUGACCCAGCGCAGCCUACUAUCAGGACUUUGUUGACUUAUCUGAAUCCCUCAUAAUUAAUAUGCAUAAACAACCUCAUAGUUUUGCAUUGCGGAACUAGUGGCAAAAUGCUUGCAGGCACGAGAAAUGGCUUACUGUCCGUACAGUGGGUUUCCAGUCGGUGCUGCAAUUUUGACAACAGGGGGCGCAAUUAUCACUGGCUGCAAUGUUGAGAAUGCCUCCUAUGGCCUUACUGUAUGUGCAGAGAGAACUGCGAUACAGAGAGCGGUCGCAGAAGGAUACAGAAGAUUUACAGCCAUUGCUGUAACAUGUGAUAUCAAAGAUAGUUUUGUGGGACCCUGCGGUGCUUGUCGACAGGUAUUAAUGGAGUUCGGCACAGAAUGGGACGUUUACCUCACUAAGCCAGAUGGAACCUAUAGGAAGACCAGUCUCAGAGACCUCUUGCCUUUAGCAUUCACCCCGGCUCACCUGCAAAAGAACUGAGUGCACUACCCUAAAAUAAAUUUAGGAUUGAUACCACCUAUGAAGAAUUAAAAUGUGAAGUGUCACGUGAGCUGUGCUGUACAUGAGGCUGUUUCAGUCGCAACAUCAUCUCAGUCCCCACUAGAAAGCACUAUACACCAUGCAGUCGAAAAAAGUCUUUAUUCAAAUGUAGUACAUAAGAAUGGGCAGAAAUGUUUGAACAAGUUUCACUGAAUAUCAAUUUUUUAAUGCAUAGAAAAUAAACAGAUUGUUUGGCAUUUCUUUAAAAUGUAAAAAAAGAGAAUUUUUAAGCUCUUUUUUUUUUAGUCUAAACCUUUUGUCCCUUGUUUAUUUAAAGAAUAUAGAGAAAGAAAGAAUGGUUUAAUACUUCAUACAUUUUCACACAAAAGUAUAAAAUUAUGCUGUAAUAAGGACCUAUUGAGGCUGUGUGAAUUAAGUUGGUCAAUUUAAGCAGAUGUCUGUUGGUUGACCUAAUUCACAUGUACGAUCAAAAGUUUGGUGUCAGUAAAAAAAUCUUUUAAGAAAUUAACACUUAUUUAUUUAGCAAGGACACAUUAAAUUGAAUUACAAAAGUUACAAUAAAGACCUUUAUAAUGUUACAAAAGAUUUCUAUAUCAAAUAAAUGCUGUUCUUUUAAACUUUCUGUUUAUCAAAGAAUCUUGAAAAAAAAAAAAGUUUUCAACUGAAAAACUGUAUUUUCAACUUCUAUGAUUUCUGAAGGGUCUUGUAAAACUGAAGACUGGGGUAAUAAUUGCUGUAAAUUGAGCUUUACUAUCACAGGAAUAAAUUACAUUUUAAUUUGACAAUAUUAUUAUUAUUAUUUUACUGUAUUUUUGUUCAAAUAAAUGCAGCCUUAGUGAGCAUAAGAGGCUUCUUUAAAAAACAUCUUUGGAUAGAACACGCAGGAUGCCUUAAAGCAGGGCUUGAUGAAGACAGUUUCCCAGAAUUAUUGGUAAUCCUUGUGACCCUGUUGCUCCGGGACUGUUUGAAAUUCUCCUCACUAUGAGGCAGAGGGGGCCAACAUACUGUUCUGUCACAUGGGAAAAACACUCACACAUUGUUCUCUUGGUAGGCUGAGAGGGAAAGUGAACAUUAGUUGGUGGGAGAGAGCCACGACAAAAAACAAGAUCUUUGUCAGGAGUAUUUUUUAUUUUAUUUUUUUCUGAACUAAAAUGAAGCAUUAAGAAAAGUGUUGACAACAAACACAGAAAAAUUUUAAUUGAGGACUAAAGAGGGAAGCAGUGUUGGAAGUGCAGUGUUCAAUGUGAAGAGAAAGGAACCAUAACAUCUACAGACAUAAAGAAAAUGUGACUGCACUUUAUUGCACAGUUUUGGUCAAGCAAACAACAACCUGCUUCUAGGGAAAGCUUUUUAGUGCUUUUUAACACAUAUAAUAAUGAAAUACAACAAUGCUCUGUAUUUUUAAAAGAUUGUGAAAAGAAAAAAAAGGUUUAGUCACUUUAAUAGAUCUUUACUGUAACUGUCACCCGAUGAUUCAUCCUUUGUGUGCUAAAGCUUUUGUCACAGUACAACCCAAUGUUUUAUGACAUGCUUGUGCAGUAAAUGCAGUAGAAGACUAUUCAGUCUUGCACUUUAUGAGCUAUUGCUGAUCAGAACAAUCUC